UGUGUGCUGGCUUUUGGGCCUGCGCAGCAAGUCAAAAAUAACCACGUGGUCGCGUUCCUUUCCUAUUCCGAGUUUCUGAAACGCACAGGUUUGUCACUGCUGGGGAGAAAAAUGGCUGGUCUCGUAAGAAGAUUCAAACCUCUAUUCGACAGAAUCCUUGUGCAAAGGCUUGUUGCUGACACGAAAACCAAAGGUGGAGUUCUCCUCCCAGAGAAAAGCAUGGGGAAAAUGAUGGAGGCCACUGUUGUUGCUAUUGGUGAUGGUGCUAGGGAUCGUGAUGGAAAAGUAGUGCCUCUUUCUGUUGGUGUGGGUGAUAAAGUCCUCCUACCAGAAUACGGUGGAACAAAAGUAGAAUUUGAUGAAAAGGAAUACUACAUUUUCAGAGACCAAGAUUUACUUGGCAAAUUUGAGAGCUGAAGAGAAAAUUGCAUCCAGAAUUUGUCAACCAUUAAGAUUGUGUGCAUGUAAAAUAUGACUCGAAAGGUUCAACCCCCAAAUGAUGUCAAUAUCAAACAAAGCAGACUUAUAAAGACUUCAGAAUUUAUUUUUUAUUAAUUUGAAAAUGUUUUUUUUCAAUAUAUAGACAAUGUGUGUAAUGUGGGUUUGAAUAGUCUGUAAAGCUAUGGAGGAAGUUAGCCUCUUGCUUGCCAGGUCUAGGAGUCUGUAACAAUGUCACAACCAGAA